AGAGCUAGAGGCAGACGGUUGCUUUUAUCGCCUCUUGCCAAUCACGUGGGGGAUUUCCGAAGUGCACCCGGACCCAGUGGAUAAAAUGAAGUGAAAAACCUCAGCAUGCAGCUAGCGACCAUAAACAAAAUAUUUGCUGCAUGUAAAUACAAUGUCAUGUAACGUGGUCUUGUGGCAAUGAAUUGUUCUUCGCCCUGGGGCAUGCGUUCCGGAAUCUGACCCUUCCAUGAUCAUCUGGUCAUGGCGGAGAGGGGUGGGAGAAGUCACCGGACGUCCUCGCCGCCACAACAAGCGGACGAGCCCAGCGCACGGAACAGAUUGCUGGCGUACGGGUUUGUGAGCUGCGUAGCGUUCGCUGUUUAUGCCAACACCCUCUCGGCUGGUUUCGUUUACGACGAUAGCCGAGCCAUUUUGAAGAAUCGAGAUUUGCUUCCCGAGACACCUAUCUCCAACCUUCUCUUCAACGACUUCUGGGGAACGCCGCUGGUGCACAGCGGCAGUCAUCGCUCAUACCGGCCACUGUGCGUGCUCUCCUUCCGCCUCAACUAUGCCGUGUCCGGAGUUGCGAGCGGCUUCUCCUACCACUUGGUCAACGUCUUGCUGCAUGCAGCCGUCAGUUCUCUCUUCAUGCUGGUUUGCACCUUGCUAUUGCCCAAGAACACAGCAGGCUUCCAGGUGGCGUUCUUGGCGAGCAUUUUGUUUGCCGUGCACCCGGUACACACAGAGGCUGUUGCCGGUCUGGUGGGAAGAGCAGACGUAGGCUCGGCACUCUUCUUUCUCCUUGCUUUCGCCUUCUUUCACCGAAUCCUGAAGCACUCGCAAGCGCCCACGGGUCAAACAUUGCUACUGUACGUGUCUGUCCUGGUCUCAACGGCCAUGGCUAUGCUGACCAAGGAGAUUGGCAUCACUGUGCUGGGCGUGUGCGUGCUCUACGAUGCACUCGUCAACGAAAGCAUACUACAACUGCCCAGCCUGCUGCACAUCUUCAAAAAAAAAGGACUCAUCAUGCGCUGCUUCGCCCUGUUUCUUGGCGGUCUUCUCCUGCUUGCAUGGAGAGUGUCGGUGAUGGGUGGCCAGGCGCCUUCCUUCUCGAGCUCAGACAACCCGGCCGCCAGCAGCAACUCCACGCUGACCCGGUUUCUCACCUUCUCCCACUUGCCGGCCCUAAACGCCAUUCUGCUGCUGUGCCCGCGUGCCCUGAGCUUCGACUGGUCCAUGGAUGCAGUGCCGUUGGUGGAGGGCCUUGGCGAUGCACGUAAUACUAUUACCCUCAUCUUCUAUGCAGUGCUUCUAGCGCUGGCCUACAUGGCUAUUGUGGGAAACACAGGUCGCUGGAAAGCGCAUUCCUCGCUCACCGUGUCCAUCCUCUUGGCCGCCCUGCCCUUCAUACCGGCGUCGAAUCUCUUCUUCUACGUCGGAUUUGUUCUGGCAGAGCGAGUGCUCUACAUCCCUAGCAUGGGCUACUGUCUACUGGUGGCUGUCGGCAUGCAGCGUGUGCGCAACCUCUCCUUCAUGAAAGCCCAUCGCUCGAUGUUCACAGCAUGCAUAGCAGUAGUACUAUUAGCACUGUCAAUGCGAACAUGGCAACGCAAUGCUGACUGGCAAAACGAAGAGUCUCUGUACCGAUCUGGAAUACCGUACAACCCCGCCAAAGCAUGGGGCAAUUUGGCAAACAUCCUGAAAGGCAAAGGCGACACGCACGGUGCAGUGGACGCCUACAGGAAUGCUCUCAAGCACCGCUCAAACAUGGCCGAUGCCCACUACAACCUAGGCGUCACCUUGCAAGACCUGAAGGACUUUCCCGGCGCCGGGAGGUCGUAUCGCAACGCGAUUGAGUGUCGGCCCAGCCUGGCUCUGGCACAUCUCAACCUUGGUAUCGUACUACGUACCGUGCAGAACACUUCCGAAGCUGAGAAGGUCCUACUCCAUUGCACCACCAUCCCUGACACUGGUUUGAAAGAUCCCACGGGUCACAACACAGCUGUCACAUCCUGUAUGUUCACACUGGGACAGCUCUAUCAAGAUCAGCAGCGGCAGAAAGACGCUCUAGCUAUGCUUGAGAAGGCUCUGGGCCACGCACCUCCCGGCUAUGAGAUACAGAGUAUCUACAACCUUCUUGGUGGGGCGCAUGCUAAGUUAGGUCAACUAAAGCUUGCCGAGGCUAACUACCGCAAGUCCUUGCAGGCUAAACCGGAUCAUCUGCCAGCUAUUGUUUCUUUCGCACAGUUUCUGGCGGAGCAGAAACGGGUGGAUGAUGCAGAGGCAGUGUAUAAAUCCGUACCCGGCAAUCCGACUGCACGGACCUAUUACGGCGUGUUGCUGUGCAAUCAGCCCAAGCGGAGAUUAGAAGGUGCAGCAAUGAUGGAGCAAGUGCUCAAGCAGAGUCAGCAGACGUCUAAUCCUGAACUCCUCGUGGCAUUGUCGGAUUGCUACCGGCGUGCUGAGAAAUACGACAAGGCCAUCACCUUCUACAAGGAAGUCACACGGAUCCAGCCGACUGAAACAGCAUUCUCCAAUCUUGGCGCGGUCUACCACUUGUUAAAUAAGUAUGCGGAGGCGGCCGACGCCUAUAGGCGAGCCCUGGACAUCAAUCCGAGCAGUUCUCUGGUCAAGGCCAACCUUCAGAAGCUGGAGAAACUUCAAAAGAGAUCAUCUUAGCAUUUGGUGACCAUAACAGUUAUUGGGUACUCCCCCGGCUCCAUCCCCCUUGUGUACCGUGCCCAAUCCAGCCAUGGUAUGCCUGUUUCUGCAUCUAGUGGCUGCAGUACGUGUAGGUUACUGCUUGAGGAGACAUUCCCUAUGCUGCCUGGCAAGUGAUACUAGUGGACUAUUCAAGUGAGGUGGCCGACAAUGGGAUUUUCAGUGCUUCUAUUACUUUUGGGUUGGCGAGCUUGCAGUGCAAUCGUAACAGACAAC